AUGACCCCACAAUCGAGCGCCUUGGACUCGGUCACAUUCCCGGAGCCCGAGUCUUUGUCUUCCAUAUACAAGGGCUCCACGAAUUUCCCUGAAAACUCUGGCGUAGGCUUACACCGGGCCCACACGCUCAAAUCCUUGAUUUUCUUGCCGUUGAGCUUCCCGACCGAAAACCCUAGUUCCCACACGGCUGGAGACCGACUCGAUUUCGAAAGUCGGGAAGUGUGGCGGCUUGUUACUUACUACGAUUACGGUUUGGCUAUGAUAAGCAGCGAAACUGAACCACAAAUGAAGGUGGCGCAGCAGACGGCGGAGGACGAUGGUUCCUUUUGA